GGAGGGGCGCUGGAGGAGGGGGCGACGUAUCCAGGGACUCGAGGUCGGCUGCGGGAAUGAUCCACGAACUACUCUUGGCUCUGAGCGGGUACCCUGGGUCCAUUUUCACCUGGAACAAGCGGAGUGGCCUGCAGGUUUCGCAGGACUUCCCUUUCCUUCACCCCAGUGAGACCAGUGUCCUGAAUCGACUCUGCCGGCUUGGCACAGACUAUAUUCGCUUCACUGAGUUCAUUGAACAGUACACCGGCCAUGUGCAACAACAGGAUCACCAUCCAUCUCAGCAGGGCCAAGGUGGGUUACAUGGAAUCUACCUGAGGGCCUUCUGCACAGGACUGGAUUCUGUUUUGCAGCCUUACCGCCAAGCAAUACUUGAUUUGGAACAAGAGUUCCUGGGUGAUCCCCAUCUCUCCAUAUCACAUGUCAACUACUCCCUAGACCAGUUCCAGCUUCUUUUUCCCUCUGUGAUGGUUGUAGUAGAACAAAUUAAAAGUCAAAAGAUUCAUGGUUGUCAAAUCCUGGAAACGGUCUACAAACACAGCUGUGGGGGGUUGCCUCCUGUUCGAAGUGCUCUGGAAAAAAUCCUGGCCGUUUGUCAUGGGGUCAUGUAUAAACAGCUCUCAGCCUGGAUGCUUCAUGGACUCCUCUUGGACCAGCAUGAAGAAUUCUUUAUCAAACAGGGUCCAUCUUCUGGUAAUGUCAGUGCCCAGCCAGAAGAGGACGAGGAGGAUCUGGGCAUUGGGGGACUGACAGGAAAACAACUGAGAGAACUCCAGGACUUGCGCCUGAUAGAGGAAGAGAACAUGCUGGCACCAUCUCUGAAGCAGUUUUCCCUGAGAGUGGAGAUUUUGCCAUCCUACAUUCCAGUGAGGGUUGCUGAAAAAAUCCUGUUUGUUGGAGAAUCUGUCCAGAUGUUUGAGAAUCAGAAUGUGAACUUGACUAGAAAAGGAUCCAUUUUGAAAAACCAGGAGGACACUUUUGCUGCAGAGCUGCAUCGUCUCAAGCAGCAGCCGCUCUUCAGCUUGGUGGACUUUGAACAGGUGGUGGAUCGCAUUCGCAGCACCGUGGCUGAGCAUCUCUGGAAGUUGAUGGUAGAAGAGUCCGAUUUACUGGGUCAGCUGAAGAUCAUUAAAGACUUUUACCUUCUGGGACGUGGAGAACUAUUUCAGGCCUUCAUUGACACAGCUCAACACAUGUUAAAAACACCGCCCACUGCAGUAACUGAGCAUGAUGUGAAUGUGGCCUUUCAGCAGUCAGCACACAAGGUAUUGCUAGAUGAUGACAACCUUCUCCCUCUGUUGCACUUGACAAUUGAGUAUCACGGAAAGGAGCACAAAGCAGAUGCUACUCAGGCAAGAGAAGGUCCUUCUCGGGAAACUUCUCCCCGGGAAGCCCCUGCAUCUGGCUGGGCAGCCCUAGGUCUUUCCUACAAAGUACAGUGGCCACUACAUAUUCUUUUCACCCCAGCUGUCCUGGAAAAAUACAACGUUGUUUUCAAAUACUUAUUGAGCGUGCGCCGGGUGCAAGCUGAGCUGCAGCACUGCUGGGCCCUACAAAUGCAGCGCAAGCACCUCAAGUCUAACCAGACUGAUGCGAUCAAGUGGCGCCUAAGAAAUCACAUGGCAUUUUUGGUGGAUAAUCUUCAGUACUAUCUCCAGGUAGAUGUGUUGGAGUCUCAGUUCUCCCAGCUGCUUCAUCAAAUCAAUUCUACCCGAGACUUUGAAAGCAUCCGAUUGGCUCAUGACCACUUCCUGAGCAAUUUGCUGGCUCAAUCCUUUAUCCUAUUGAAACCUGUAUUUCACUGCCUGAAUGAAAUCCUAGAUCUCUGUCACAGUUUUUGUUCGCUGGUCAGUCAGAACCUAGGCCCACUGGAUGAGCGUGGAGCCGCCCAGCUGAGCAUUCUCGUGAAGGGCUUCAGCCGCCAGUCUUCACUCCUAUUCAAGAUUCUCUCCAGUGUUCGGAAUCAUCAGAUCAACUCAGAUUUGGCUCAACUUCUGUUACGACUAGAUUAUAACAAAUACUAUACCCAGGCUGGUGGAACGCUGGGCAGUUUCGGGAUGUGAAAAGCUCUGACUCAUAAACUGAAGUAACAGUAAAUCCCACCUCAUUCCCAAGGUUGUAACAGAAGACUCAAAACAAACAUCCCUUUCUAGCCACACACAAAUAACUGCAGCCUAGUGAUAGGACUCUCCCUUUCCCUAGAAGCAGUUACUGAACAUCCAGUGGUACAAAUCCUUCCCAUGUGGAAGGGUCUGGCCCAUCAAGCAGAACAUGUGGCAUCUCUGAUACUUUACAUUGAAAAAAUUUGCUAGAUAUGUUCUUUUAUUUAAUAGUGAUUUAUUGAGCACCUACUAUGUGCCUUGGUGUACUUUUCAAGCUGUGGGAGAUACAGCAGUAAACAAUAUAGAGCAGAAAGUUAAGUAUUUUAUGGUUCAUAUGUGAACAAGUAACUUUAUAAACAGGUUAACGGCUGGAUGUUAGUUACCACCAAAUAAGAAAGGAACAGGUAAGAUAGGCUUUCUCUCUCCCUAUACCAGGUAAUUUAUACCUACACAGACUGGACAAUUCUAGCUAAUGAAAAUAUAUUUAAAGUAUUUCUUAGGUCAGGUGUGGUGGUUCACACUGUAAUCCCAGCACUUUGGGAGGCUGAGGCAGGCGGAUCACCUGAGAUCAGGAGUUCAAGACCAGCCUGACCAAUAUGAUGAAACCCUGUCUCUACUAAAAAUACAAAAAUUAGCCGGGUGUUGUGGCAUGUACCUGUAAUCCCAGCUACUCAGCAGGUUGAGACAGGAGACUCACUUGAACCCGGGAGGCAGAGGUUGCAGUGAGCCAAGAUCACUCCAUUGCCCUCCAAUGGGCAACAAGAGCGAAACUCCAUUCCCCCUCCCCCCUGGCAAAAAAAAUGUAUUUUUUAUUCUCCAAGAAAAAGGUUCUUAAGAAAAAAUUGAGAUCAAGUUGUUAGGUUUUUAAAUAUUGAAGACUGCAGGCCCAGUUACCCAUCUUACACAAACCAUACAAGUUGAAGUUAUCUUAAUAUGGCCCAGCCAUCACUGGUAAUCAGUAUUCAUAUCUGUGUGGGUAAAUAAAUAUUCGUUUAACAACUCCCUCCAAAAAGAAUGCAGUGUUCUGGCAUCAGUUUAUAGUCACUGAAUCUGGUUUUCAUCGCUACAUCUUCUACACACAGUGGGAAGCUCUGACAACCUUACUUCCUGCUAUCAUCAACUAAAGAUCCCCCUUUCGGCCGGGCGCGGUGGCUCAAGCCUGUAAUCCCAGCACUUCCGGAGGCUGAGGCGGGUGGAUCACGAGGUCAAGAGAUCAAGACCACCCUGGUCAACAUGGUGAAACCCCGUCUCUACUAAAAAUACAAAAAAUUAGCUGGGCAUGGUGGCGCAUGCCUGUAAUCCCAGCUACGCAGGAGGCUGAGGCAGGAGAAUUGCUUGAACCCGGGAGGCGGAGGUUGUGGUGAGCCGAGAUCGUGCCAUUGCACUCCAGCCUGGGUAACAAGAGCGAAAUUCCACCUAAAAAAAAAAAAAAAAAGAUCCCCCUUUCAACUGCUGACUCUAGAACAGGGGUUGGCAAACUAUGGCCUGCUGUCUUUUUUUGUAAAGACAUUUUUACUGAAAUGCAGCCAUGCCCAUUUGUUUACUCAUUGUCUAUGGUUGCUUUCAUGCUCUCACAGCAAAGGUGAGUAGUUGUGAUGAAUCAAAUGGUCCACAAGGCCUAAAAUAUUUACUCUUUGGCCCUUUACAGAAAAAAACUUAUUGACCCCUGCUUUAGAGAAUGAGAAGACAUAAACAGGGAUGAUGCUAGAGGAAGGGAAGGAAUAGCUUCCAGCCAUUGUGACAACAAUAAUAAUACUGGGCCUCUGACUAGCACUUUUAACAUUUCCAAGUGUUCUCAGUUGUGCUUCUCAUGUUUAUCUUAUGGAAGGUCAUAGCAUCCAGCUUAUGUUCACUGUCCUUUCAUGGCAGUUGGUGCUGUCAUUCUCCCUUUAGCUCUAAGAGUGGGGGGAAUACCCACAGGUCAGCUGUUAGUGAUCUCAGCUCUCAAGAGAGAAAGAGAAUGAGAUCUUUUUUUUUUACUGUUAGGAAACAAGAGCUGUGCCCAAUUCCACUCAAUUUUUGGCACAACUAUUUAUUAAUCUGGGCCAUCACCUACUUUAAACUGAGUUUUUAUAAGCAUAGCAUUUUAGACAUUACCUAGAAUAACCAAAUUUUGGCAAUGAUGCCACAGAAUAGAGUUUACUCUAACUUUUCAA